AAUCUCUAGCGGUGUGUGUGUGUGUGUUUGGAAGCAGUGAGUGUGAAGUGACGGUCAUGCAGCAUGGUGUGUUAUAAAAAAUUAUGAAACAAGCUUGCUACCUAUCAGUACUCAGUCUAUGAUUAAAGCAUCAGUGUUUUAAAUUCCUAAACAUAACGCAAACAUGGAUGGGUGGAUAGAUGGAUAAAAAGACCGGAAAAUCACCCAGAAAUGAGACGUUUUGGAUCAUAUAGCGGGUAAUAUUUUCUGACACGGAAAAAAUCUAGGUGUCUUUUCAGAUGCCAUCAGCCAGGUUAAAACUCCACUUCAUCCUCUAAGAGUAUGUUGAAAGCUUUGAUUGGACUUUGCACCCUUCAUCUCACAACUAUCUUUUUACUUUUUUGGGCCACAGUCGAUGAUGCCUGGUGGUUUACAAGAACCAUGUACACAGACCUGUGGGGGAGAUGGGUGAUGGAGAGAAAUGAUGAUGUCUGGGUAUACAUGGACAUUCCAACAUCUUACCGAAAAGAUUACUUGCAGGCAGUACAGGGAUUUGCAGUGUUGGCCUGCCUCUUUGCAGUCAUCUCCCUGUGUGUGUUCCUAUUUCAACUCUUUACACUGGGGAAAGGAAAGAGGUUCACAAUCGCUGGAGUUCUGCAGCUUAUGUCAUGCUUCUGUAUUAUGGUGGCCCUAUCUGUCUACACGGAUCACUUCCACAGAGGAGAGAAGGAUGGCUGGUAUGGCUGGUCCUAUAUCAUGGCUUGGUUUGGCUGGCUGCUCGCGCUGAUCAACGGCGCUAUCUACGUAAUCCUACGCAAGAGGGUGGAUUAAAUCAGGAAACUAUGUAAAAUACAAAAACAAAAGCUAGUAAGGACUAGUUAGCAAGAGUGAUCAUGCUGAUAGAUUCUUGUGAAUUUCACUUGCUGUUAGUCUAAUUAUCCGUUUGGUAUAAGAAUUCCUUUUGGUGUACUUCCAGACUAAAAAGAUUAUUAACAGAGAAUUUGAAUAGGCAGAAAAGGUAAAGACUAGUUAAGGAAGUCAAGUCAUGAUGUGUUUGCGAUCUUCAGAUCAUCAAAAGGGUUAUAUUAUACACUGUAUAAAUAAUCGGUAACUUUACCCCAAACCCCACACCCAUGUGCUAUACUGGAUAAGCUGAGGUUCUUUAGAUUUGAAAUAUACUGUACAAUCACAAGUGCUCUUCCAAAGAUUAUAGGCCAUUCACAGUUUUAGCUGGGUCUACUACCAAAAGGAUUAGCUAAAAGUGAAAACUGAAGGAAAAAGAUUAGUCAAUCUUUUAAAUUAAUUAUAUAAUUAAUUAGGCUGACACAUCUGUGCUGAAUAACUAUCCGAAUAGCUGACACUGUUAAUCUGAUUAGUCUGGUGUAUUAUUCAUGACGCUCGCUAUAGUUAAUUAGUCUCCUUUAAGGAGAGAGUGAUGGAUGCAGGAAUGUAAUAUAAAAUGUAUGGGGAAAAGGUGUAAAGAAAUGUUAUACAUAUAUAUAUAUAAAAAGUCACAGGUGUGUAAAUACAUAAUACAAAGUCAAAAUAUAUAGACAGACACUGUAAAAAUAUAGUUUUGAAAGAAUGCUUAUAAAAAAAAAGAAACAAUUUAAAGAACAAUUAAUUUGUUCAGAACCACUUAUUAUUUGUAUCACUUUGUAAGGCCACAUCAUUUUUGCUUAUUUUGUCUUGGCAUUUUACUUUUCUAAUUGAAAAAAAAAAAAUGUAUUAUCGUUUCUUCUAUUUGCCACCAUGUCUACUGCACAAGUCUGGGAUCAUGACCAAUAGAAUUAUACGAUUCGUCUAUAUCCAUUUAUAGUCUGGUGCUGUGACAUUUUGUAUCUUAACUAGUAAAUGCAGUAAAGUAUCUGCUUUCAUCAAAGCAUACAGAAGAAAACGUCAUCCCAGAUGAUAAAGGACUGGUGCGUGUUUCACUGGUGUGGCUCUGAAAUCACCGUACAUGUUCUUAAGAGAACUGAUGUUAUGAAAGCUCAUGUUAAAUCUUCACAUUGUCGUGUUAUUACAAUUAUUACUCACUGAUGCUCCAGGAAAGAUGUUCAAGGAAUACAAUAUACUACAGGAGGUGAUUAGAUGAGUCAUGGAUGAUGUGUGUCUCAGAUCAGUGUACACUGGGGUUUAUGAUGAGUCAAGUGGAAAACAUUUGAUGAUGUAGAAAAUGUAAAAAGACAUUUCAAUAAUCAAACAUCCAAACAUGAUUAAUUCUUGAAUUUAUUUACAUCAAAUGAACAAUCUAUUUUAUGUAACAAAUACUAAAAAUGUAAAAUUAUUAAAGUGCAAUGAUCCAAAAUGAAACUUAAUGGAGGACAAAAUAUAGAUUCAUGUCCCGUGGCAGACAUGUUCUGUGUGUACAUCACAUUUGUCAAUGUUAAGAAAUAAAAUAUUCUUUAACAAGUCAUUGAGUGUAAUAUGAAUAUUCAGUUAUAACUGUACCAUAGCCUUAGUACUGUCAUUCUGUAAGACUCCCUAUGUGAUGCGCCAGGCAGUGGACCAGACACCGAGUGAUGUCACAUGGUUGUAUGUGGGUCUGAACUAAACCCCCUGACCAGAGGGGCUGAUUCUUUCCUGCACUAUGAGGUGUAGGAGG